GCGACAACAAACUCAAACACACACUCUCUGCAGCAUCCGGUCGAAACUCGAACUUUUUCAUUGUCAUUUCGAUAAAUUCCAGGCUUUGCAAACAUGGUCGAAAAGCCGCCAUCCAGCGCCCCGACGGGCCAACCGCAGUCGCAACAACGACAACAAAACCCACUACCAAACAGCGCGCAGUCACAGCAACAGCAGCCACAGGAACGACCACGAUCCCCGCCCCCACCACCGACGAGCCCCAUAUCACCCUCCACCCGCCUGCCGCCCGACAUCGCGCCCGCAGUCCCCGUUCCGACCGCGACCGGCAGCAGCACGCGCUACACCGCCGUGCCGUCCCCGUCGGCCGUGUCGUUUUUCGCCGCCAACCGCCCGGCCCUGACGCACCUGUCGCAGCCGGACCAGAAUGCGCCGCCCCCACCGUCGACGUCAUCAGCCCAGGCCCAGCCGCCGCUGGACGCUCCCCCGCCGCCUAGGCCGCUCGACUUUGACACCAACCCGGACGUCCUCGCGAUCAAGUCGGCCAUUUCAAUCCUGCAGAUCCAGCGCGCCCGCGCACAGGCCGACAUCGCCGCCCUGGGGCGCGCCAAGGACGCCGCGCUGCGUGAGCCCCUCGCUUUUGUGGAUGACCUGCGCGCCGGGAGGGUUUCCACUGCGCCUGAAGCGCCGACUCUUUUUGAUCCGUUUGCACCUCUGGAUGAGGACGGCGAUGAUUCCGAUUCCUCGUCCGAUGAGGAUGCAGCGGCGGCCGACGCCAGCGCCACAAAAGGCAAGCAACCUGCAGGAGCGGCGUCAAAACCUGCCAACCAGCGGGGCAAGGACCCGUCGCCGCCGUGGCGCAACCUUCCCAAGCCCCAGAACGUCGUGCGCUGCCCGCCGAUAAACUGGUCGCAGUAUGCCGUCGUCGGGGAGUCGCUUGACAAGCUGCAUAACGAGCAGGUUGCGCGUCCCAACCCCGGUGCCCCCGCCGUGAUGGGCGCAGGCGGCGUCUACGAGUUCAAGGGCGGCUCAUCCUCUCAGGCCGGAGCUCCCGGGCCGAGGUUCGUCGGCGUCUCUGCGCCCUACGACCCGCAGCGCGACAAGCUCGAGAAGAAGCCUAGAAAGACAAAAGGCACUGCGGUCUGAUGGGGGGUGAGAGAAGAUGUGUAUAAUUACCAGUCGGGGUUGUGGGUUCCCGGCUGGAGGUUUGGUUGCCUCUGACCAAAAUAUGAGAAUGAGUAUGACUGUCAUGUAUGAUUUUACAAGCGAAUGACUAGGUGUGCAUGGCUACGGAGUUUUUUUUUGGUUUUUAUACGCAUUUCCUGUAGAAAGACUUGAGCGACUAUACAUCAAGAUACGCAGGCCCACCGAGGACGUACUUUUGGGAGGCGGAAAAGGAAACAAAAUCCAGACAAUAGCAGAGUUGAUAUCCCUAGAACAGUCCAGGGAAAAUCAGCGAUGAAUAUCCCUGAGAUGUCAACAGACCUGGGUACAUUUCCGGCUUUCACGCAUUUCAUUAUCCAACCAAUGCUUGCGAAUUCCAACCAAGAAUAUACCGAAUUUGAUCAUCUGGUAGUAAAGGAAAAACAACUUGAG